AUGUGCCGGAUGUCCCGCUGUACGCUCCUUGUUUUGUGCCACUUGGCCCACCUGGCCCACGUGGCUGCCAUGCGGGAAUUGUAUGAUGUGGUUACCAUGGACGACACCAUGGUGUGCGAGUGCAAAGAGGUGAACUCCGUGACGGAUUGCCCGGACUACAAGAUCAAGAAAGACGGCUUCCCGCCCGGCUUCCCUCGUUACUAUCAUGAGAAGGAUCCUAGUAUCGAAGAGUCUGCGUUUGGGAGAGCCAUGGCUGACUUUGAUAAUCUCCAAAUGAGCCCCAAAAAUCCAAGGUGCAUCCGCGCCCCCAAAAAGGAGAUGACCAUUCAGUCGACCUAUGUCGACCUAUGGAAUCGCCAAUUCAUCACAGAGCGAUGCUUGGAAGAAACACGACCGCUGCAGACACGCGGUUGUUGCAGCCUGGUGGGCUCCACCGAGGUCUACGGGGGCGCGUUCCAACUUUUCCUGAGAUCUGCAAAAGUCUAUAGCAUGGCCCACCCGAAGAUGUUACCAAGCGGAAACCCGACCUGGAAGGACUACGAGAAAAAGUCCAAGGUCUUCAUGGAGCCCGAGGGCAUUUAUUUCGCCAAAAUUGCUGGUGGGAAAACCAUUCUGCCCAAGGAACUCCUGCCAGAGAUGGAAGGCAUCAAGAAGCUCAUGAAAAAAGACGGAGAUCUCCAGUGUGAAGAGGAUUUGGCACAAGUACAGUCUUUACAGGCGCAUCACGGCACAGCACGCUUUCCGAAGUCUUGA